UCAGGAAAAUUUAAAUUCCAGUAGUAGUGUACAGAAUUGAGAUCAAAUUUAAAAAGUAAAAGUAAAUAAUGGGGGUAUAAAUGGAAACAAAAUAGAAAAAUAUUACAAUAAGAAUAAAAAUUAAAAGCAACAAUGAGAAUAAAAAUAUAACCGUAAAAUAAGAAUAUAACAAGAGAAACUAGGCAGUAGUGACCAUGUAAUUAAAAAGUAUUGCACUGUUAUUGUUUUGCAUCCCCUGUCAUCCUAGUACCCCCCCUCCCCCCCCAGAGAGGAGUUGUACAGUCUAAUGGCGUGUAUAUAUAUGUAUAUAUACAGUAGUAACAUUAUGAACAGAACAAAAGAAACAGAUAUUGUUUUAAACCAAACAUCGCUAGUAUCGAUCCAAUUGAUAUCGGCACUACAGCGGGUUGGUAUCGACCCAGCCAGCAGCAUUAAGAGGCUGGUAGGACGCGCGUGGUCGCCGCUGCUCGUCGGGACGGCGAAAGCGAGCAGACACCAUGUCUCCCUGAUGGCGUCCACGCGUCUCUCUCGUCCCACUACGCGCGGACACGCAGGUGCCGCCGCCUUCUCUCCCACUCCCACUAUCACCUCCACCUCCACGCCUUCCACACCGGGAUUUUACGCGCCGCGGUGAGAAGAAAAGAUGGCCAGUGAGACAAGGAGUGGAUAUUUGGCGCGGCCGCGGGUGAUGGCGUGACUUUUCUUCCCGGCACUCACAAUUCCUGCCAACCAUGGCCGACCAGUACAGUAUGUUUCUCACUACGGCGCCGCCCCUACGCCGCGGGAGCACGCCCCUCCCUGUCAAGCACCAGCUGCGGAGGGAAGAGGCCGUGUCCGAGGACUGCGAUUGGAUCCCGGGUCUGGAGGAGCCCGCCACCUUGUCCGUGCCUCGCGAUGAAUCCUUCAGCCAACCGUCGGCGGCCCAGACCGCCUACCACGGCCACGGGGGGACUCUGAAGAUCGUGCUGCUGGGUCAGAACGGCGUGGGCAAGUCGUCGCUGGCCUUGUCGCUGGCCGGCCAGUCGGACAGAUCCCUCUCCAUAGACUCUGAGACCCAAUCAUGCGGGGAAGGCUACGAGUGUUCCGUCACAGUCGACGACGAGGACAGCAAAGUCAUCAUUUUUGACAAUUGGAAACAGGACCUGUCCACGCUGAAGUGUGACGUGUGCGUCCUGGUCUUCUCCGUGACCGACAGGCGAAGUUUCCAUCGCACCGCACAGCUCCGCCUCCUCCUCAGGGAGUCCCAGCCUCACAUGCCAAUCAUCCUGGCGGGCAACAAGAGCGACCUCGUUCGCUCCCGUGAGAUAAGUGCAGAGGAGGCCCAGUCCAGCGCCAUGAUGUACGACUGCCACUACCUGGAGCUCUCCGCCUCCCUGGAGCACGGCACCAACGAGCUGCUGGAGGCGGCCGUGCGGACCGCCAGGGGCGACUGCGUGGGGCCCGACUGGGCCGAGGGGGGCGAGCCCGGCUCGGGCCGCAGGGAGAGCCUGACCAGCCGGGCCAAGCGCUUCUUGGCGGGGCUGGUGCCGCGCUCGUACGGCCGCGAGCGCGAGCGGGGACGCUACCGGGAGAUGAGCCGCCACCGGGGCAGCAAGAUCUUCCGGCAGAAGUCGCGCUCCUGCCACGACCUCAGCGCACUGUGACCUUCCACACACACACACACACACACGAUUGAAAGGUAUGCCGGAGGUGUGGACUGUCCGAUUGUGUUCAUGCACAGGCUUGCAUAGACUCAUGCCCACCCCUCCACCCCUCCACCAUCUUAAUCCAGCCUUACACUUACGGGUGCCUAAUGGUGGUUUAUUGUGAGGUGCAUCGAUAUUAGGGAUGGAUCAACUCAGCUCGAACACAAACCCGAAUCCGAAAUGUUGCAACGGUACCAUACCAUACCAACUUUGGUGCUGUCAAAUGCAAAAAAAUAAUCAGAAUAAUCACACUUUUAAAUGUUGAUUAAUCAUGAUUAAUUAACUAAGUAACAUUAAGCCAGGUUUUUACAAGCUUGCAUCAUUUAAUCAACUUAAUAUUUGGACACAAAUGCAAUUUUACUGUCAGAAUGUCAGACAGGAAUUAUUACUUUUUUUUUAAUAGAUUUAUGUGAGAAUUUUGUGUGAUUAAUCGCAUGAGUUAACUCAUUAAAUUUGACAGCCCUGUAUUUUAAUAACCGUGUUUUAUACUACAAAUUUACGAGAUGCGACACAUGAUUUUUCGACAUAUUUACAUGAACCCGUGAUCUAACAGUUUGUGGUGUAAAACAUUAAAUGACAAAUAAAAUAAAAUGUUAAAUCCGAUUAAUCACACUUUUGCAUUUUGAUUAAUCAAAAUGAAAUGCAAUUUACUUUAAAAAAAUAUUUUCCCACAAAUUUAAUGUUUAUUGUAAGAAUUUCAUACAUUAUUUAUUUUUUAAUAUUGAUUAAUCACAUAAGUUAACUCAUAUAAAAAAUAUACAUUUAAUGAAAAACAAAUGAACGAUGACAUUUUAAAAUCCGAUUCAUCCAACUUCUGCAUUUUGAUUAGUCACAUUUAAUUGCAGCAAAUUAUUGCAAAUAAUAUUUUGUAUUGAGUAAAAAAAAAAACUAAACUGGUGCUGUCAAAUGAAAAAAAAAAAUCAGAAUAAUCACACUUUUAAAUGUAGAUUAAUCAUGAUUAAUUAACUAAGUAACACUAAGCCAGGUUUGCAUCAUUUAAUCAACUUAAUAUUUGGACACAAAUGCAAUUUUACUGUCAGAAUGUCGGACAGUAAAAAAUUUUAGAUUUUUAAUAAAUAAAUUUUUUGUGAUUAAUCGCAUGAGUUAACUCAUUAAGUUUGACAGCCCUAAUUUUGUAUUUUCAUAACCGUGUUUUAGACAAAUUUACGAGAUGCGGCACAUGAUUUUUCGACAUAUUUAUAUGAACCCGUAAUCUAAUAAAUAGCUUGUGGUCUAAAACAUUAAAUGACAAAUAAAAUUGCGCUGCUUAGCAUUUCUGCAUUUUGAUUAAUCGCAAUUAAUUACAGUACUUUUUUUUUUAAUACCUUAAUAUUUUGACAAUUUAGUAUUGUUGUCAGAAUGUCGUACGGGAAAAAUUUUUACAUGUUUAUAUAGAAUGCAAAUAAUAUACACUAUUAAUGUGAGAUGUUUUUGUGAUUAAUCGCAUGAGUUAACUUAUUAAAUUUGACAGCCCUAAUUUUGUAUUUUAAUAACCGUGUUUUAGACUACAAAUUUACGAGAUGCAACACAUGAUUUUUCGACAUAUUUACACAAACCCGUAAUCUAAUAAAUAGUUUGUAGUGUAAAACAUUAAAUGACAAAUAAAAUAAAAAAUUUAAUCAGAUUAAUCACACUUUUGCAUUUUUAUUAAUCAAAAUUAAAUGCAAUUUACUUUAAAAACAACAACAAAAAAACACCAAUAUUUUGACACAAAUUGAAUAUUUAUUGUAAGACUUUCAUGCAGGAAUAUUUUUUUAAUAUUGAUUAAUCACAUAAGUUAACUCUUAUAAAAAUAUAUCUUCAAUGAAAAACAAAUGCUGUCAAACGAUGAAAUUCUAAAAUCAAAUUCAUCAAACUUCAUGUAGAUUAAUCACAUUUAAUUGCAGCAAAUUACGGCAAAUAAUAUUUUGUAUUGGGUAAAAAAAAUAAACUGGUGCUGUCAAAUGAAAAAAAAAAAUCAGAAUAAUCACACUUUUAAAUGUAGAUUAAUCAUGAUUAAUUAAAUAAGUAACACUAAGCCAGGUUUGCAUCAUUUAAUCAACUUAAUAUUUGGACACAAAUGCAAUUUUACUGUCAGAAUAUCAAACAGGAAAAUUUUUUAGAUUUUUAAUAGAUUCAUUUGAGGAUUGUUUGUGAUUAAUCGCAUGAGUUAACUCAUUAAAUUUGACAACCCUAAUUUUGUAUUUUAAUAACCGUGUUUUAUAUUACAAAUUUACGAGAUGCGGCACAUGAUUUUUCGACAUAUUUACAUGAACCCGUAAUCUAAUGAAUAGUUUGUGGUGUAAAACAUUAAAUGGCAAAUAAAAUAAAAUGUUAAAUCCGAUUAAUCACACUUUUGCAUUUUGAUUAAUCAAAAUGAAAUGCAAUUUACUUUAAAAAAAAAAAAAAACACCAAUAUUUUCCCACAAAUUUAAUGUUUAUUGUAAGAAUUUCAUACAUUAUUUAUUUUUUAACAUUGAUUAAUCACAUAAGUUAACUCAUAUAAAAAAUAUAUAUUUAAUGAAAAACAAAUGAACGAUGACAUUUUAAAAUCCGAUUCAUCCAACUUCUGCAUUUUGAUUAAUCACAUUUAAUUGCAGCAAAUUAUUGCAAAUAAUAUUUUGUAUUGAGUAAAAAAAAAAAAAAAACUGGUGCUGUCAAAUGAAAAAAAAAUAUCAGAAUAAUCACACUUUUAAAUGUAGAUUAAUCAUGAUUAAUUAACUAAGUAACACUAAGCCAGGUUUGCAUCAUUUAAUCAACUUAAUAUUUGGACACAAAUGCAAUUUUACUGUCAGAAUGUCGGACAGUAAAAUUUUUUAGACUUUUAAUAAAUUAAUUUUUUGUGAUUAAUCGCAUGAGUUAACUCAUUAAAUUUGACAAAUUUACAAGAUGCGGCACAUGAUUUUUCGACAUAUUUACAUGAACCCGUAAUCUAAUAAACAGCUUGUGGUCUAAAACAUUAAAUGACAAAAAAAAUUGCGCUGUUUAGCGUUUCUGCAUUUUGAUUAAUCACAAUUACAGUACUUUUUUUUUUAAUACCUUAAUAUUUUGACAAUUUAAUAUUGUUGUCAGAAAGUCGUAUGGGAAAAUUUUUUAGAUGUUUAUAUAGAAUGCAAAUAAUAUACACUAUUAAUGUGAGAUGUUUUUGUGAUUAAUCGCAUGAGUUAACUCAUUAAAUUUGACAGCCCUAAUUUUGUAUUUUAAUAACCGUGAUUUAGACUACAAAUUUGCGACAUGCAACACAUGAUUUUUCGACAUAUUUACACAAACCCGUAAUCUAAUAAAUAGUUUGUAGUGUAAAACAUUAAAUGACAAAUAAAAUACACAUUUUAAUCAGAUUAAUCACACUUUUGCAUUUUUAUUAAUCAAAAUGAAAUGCAAUUUACUUUAAAAACAACAACAAAAAAACACCAAUAUUUUGACACGAAUUGAAUAUUUAAUGUAAGAAUUUCAUGCAUGAAUAUUUUUUUAAUAUUGAUUGAUCACAUAAGUUAACUCUUAUAAAAAUAUAUCUUCAAUUAAAAACAAAUGCUGUCAAACGAUGAAAUUUUAAAAUCAAAUUCAUCAAACUUCAUGUAGAUUAAUCACAUUUAAUUGCAGCAAAUUACGGCAAAUAAUAUUUUGUAUUGGGUAAAAAAACUAAACUGGUGCUGUCAAAUGAAAAAAAAAAAAUCAGAAUAAUCACACUUUUAAAUGUAGAUUAAUCAUGAUUAAUUAACUAAGUAACACUAAGCCAGGUUUGCAUCAUUUAAUCAACUUAAUAUUUGGACACAAAUGCAAUUUUACUGUCAGAAUAUCAAACAGGAACAUUUUUUAGAUUUUUAAUAGAUUCAUUUGAGGAUUUUUUGUGAUUAAUCGCAUGAGUUAACUCACUAAAUUUGACAACCCUAAUUUUGUAUUUUAAUAACCGUGUUUUAUAUUACAAAUUUACGAGAUGCGGCACAAGAUUUUUCGACAUAUUUACAUGAACCCGUAAUCUAAUGAAUAGUUUGUGGUGUAAAACAUUAAAUGACAAAUAAAAUAUAAUUUUAAAUCAGAUUAAUCACACUUUUGCAUUUUGAUUAAUCAAAAUUCAAUGCAAUUUACUUUAAAAAAAAAAAAUUUAAAAAAUUUUGACACAAUUUUAAUGUUUGUUGUAAGAAUUUCAUACGGGAAUAUUUAUUUUUUAAUAUUGAUUAAUCACAUAAGUUAACUCAUAUAAAAAAUAUAUAUUUAAUGAAAAACAAAUGAACGAUGACAUUUUAAAAUCCGAUUCAUCCAACUUCUGCAUUUUGAUUAAUCACAUUUAAUUGCAGCAAAUUAUUGCAAAUAAUAUUUUGUAUUGAGUAAAAAAAAAAACUAAACUGGUGCUGUCAAAUGAAAAAAAAAAAAUCAGAAUAAUUACACUUUUAAAUGUAGAUUAAUCAUGAUUAAUUAACUAAGUAACACUAAGCCAGGUUUUUACAAGCUUGCAUCAUUUAAUCAACUUAAUAUUUGGACACAAAUGCCAUUUUACUGGCAGAAUGUCAGACAGGAAAUUUUUUUAGAUUUUUAAUAGAUUAAUUUUUUGUGAUUAAUCGCAUGAGUUAACUCAUUAAAUUUGACAGCCCUAAUUUUGUAUUUUCAUAACCGUGUUUUAGACAAAUUUACCAGAUGCGGCACAUGAUUUUUCGACAUAUUUACAUGAACCCGUAAUCUAAUAAAUAGCUUGUGGUGUAAAACAUUAAAUGACAAAUAAAAUUGGGCAUUUUGAUUAAUCGCAACUAAUUACAGUACGUUUUUUUUAAAUACCUUAAUAUUUUGACACAAAUUUAAUAUUGUCAGAAUGUCAUACAGGAAAAAUGUUUUGAUGUUUUAAUAGAAUGCAAAUCAUAUACACGAUUAAUGUGACAAUUUUUGUAGUGAUUAAUCGCAUGAGUUAACUCAUUAAAUUUGACAGCCCUAAUUUUGUAUUUUAAUAAACACACUUUUUACUACAAACGAUCAUUUACGAGAUGCGUCACAUGAUUUGUGGACAUCUUUACAUGAACCCGUAAUCUGAUAAAUAGUUUGUAAGGUAAAACAUUAAAUGACAAAUAAAAUAGCGCUGUCAAUCGAACAUUUUUAAUCAGAUUAAUCACACUUUUACAUUUUGAUUAAUCAAAAUUAAAUGCAGUAAUUUACUAAAAAAAAAAUACACCAAUAUUUUGACUCAAAUUGAAUGCUAUUGUAAGAAUUUCAUACAGGAAUAUUUUUUAAAUGUUAUACUAUAUGAAUAAUGCGAGCAUUUCUUGUGAUUAAUCCCAAAGUUAACUCAAUAAAUUAGACAGCGUUAGUUUUGUCAUUUAUUAAUAAACAUGUUUACGAUUUAUCAGGCUAUGUUUUCAUUCACUUUUGCUGGGAAACCAAGUGCUCCCAGCAUGCUUUGUGGCACAUGACUUAACAUCUUUACAUGAAACCGAAACUUAAUCAAUCGUACGUAAUCGAUGGUUGAAUAGUUUGUAGUGUGAAACAUGUUUGUUAAAUGACAAAAUUAGGGCUGUCAAUUUUAAUGAGUUAACUCAUGUGACUAAUCAUGUCUAUGAUGCGCAUUCGAGUAAACAUUUACAAAAAAAAAAAUGUUCCUAUAUUUAUUAAAUAGAAAAAAAAAUUGUGCUAAUAAACGAUUAAUUUUUUAUUUAAAAAAAAAAAUCAGAUUCAUCAAACUUUUGCAUUUUGAUUAAUCGUAAUUAAUUCCGGUGAAUCGUAUUUAAUACUUUGACGCAAAUUACAUGUUAUUGUCAGAAUGUCACAGAUGAACAUUUUUAGAACAUUUUACUCACAUGCACCACAUUUAUUUGUGCGAAACUUGACAACGGUUUUAUCUAAAGUCCAGUCAGGGUGUAGCAGGAAGUGAAAUUUACCAGUGAUUAAUUUGUGUAUGACUUCAUGUUUUGUGAUUAAUCGCGCGAGUUGAACCGUCGACCUUGACAGCACUGAACAAAAACAUGUUACACAGGACACAAAACAAAAACGGCACCUUAUUUCAUGUUUCACCUCAGGUUUUGGAUUCAGAUUAUGGCCAUAUAUCUGGGAAAAAAAGAAGAAGAAAGUAUUACGGCAUUCCCUUUCCAUGGUUCAGGAGUCUUUACAGUAUUUGGAAAACAAGAAACCUGUUGUGUACCAGUCAAAGUACAGUCCUGGGGCCGUACUUAUCAAGCUUCUUAGAAUGACUCCUAAGAAGUCUGCUAAGAGUUGACUUAAGAGUAAAUAAAUUCUUCGCUGAAAGCUGCACUUAAAAGUUAGUUAUCAGGCGUCUUACUCACACUUUCAGCGAAGUGUAGGACCGAAUCUUAAGUGUCACACUCAGAGCUGAAUUACGACAUUACUAUGUGCCGUAAACGCAAUUUUAGGUGACGUCAUUUCUGUGUCCAUAGAAAUGACCAAUCACGGAAGGGAAUCCCUUGUCUAAGAAUAAAGAAAUAUUUUGGAAAUAUUUAAGUGGACAAUGGGAGUGUAUAUUUUGACAAUAAACUACAAAAUAAUACAAAACAAACUAGUCCCCGCCGGCACUCACGCUACCGCUCCCUCUCUUCUCUCGCCCACACACUCACUGACGUCACUCACCUCACGGCCACACACAUACGCUACUGUCAUAACAUUUUCCUUCCAAUUCAUUAAUUAGGCAACUAAUUUGAAACUGGUGUGGGUGGCUCUAUAUAUACUAGCCCACUGCAGACACAUGCAGAAAUCAACAAGGAAUCGAAAAGUAUUAAAUCUGUGACAAAAAUAAUAUCCGCUCUGUCUAAACGAUACCGUUUGAUCAGCUGCUCGUCAUCAAAAAAAACAAACAUUGUUCCGUUCCCUGAACGUUGGCGCACGUCUCUCUCGCCUCAGUGCCAUCCCCUGCUGGCAACUCCUAACCACUUAAUACACCUCUGAAGGUCUCUUAAAUAUCGUGGAGAGUAGGAGUGAUUCUUAGACUUAAGAACGUUGAUAAAAAGCUUUUAUUCUUAAGUUUGAGAGUAGGACUAAAUUUCGCAAAUUCUCAGGACUUAAGUGUAAAAUGGCACUCUAAGAAGCUUGAUAAGUACGGCCCCUGGUCAAAAGUCUUGAGUUUCCAAUCAUUUCUACAACUCUUAUUUUUCACAUACUUGUUGGUCACAAAAAACAUUCAGGAAGUUUGCUUCUUAAUAUUUAAAAUUUGCUUACAUGUCCCUUGGCAAGUUUCACUGCAAAAAAGCGCUUUUGGUAGCCAUCCACAAGCUUCUGCUUGAAUUUUUGACCACAAAAUUGCUGCGGUUCAGCUAAAUGUGUUGCUUUUCCUGACAUGGACUUGUUUCUUCAGCAUUGUCCACACCUUUAAGUCAGGUUUUUGUUUCAUCUGACAUCACAUGGACAAAGAUAAGACCUUCUGGAGGAAAGUUCUGUGGUCGGAUGAAACAAAAAUGGAGCUGUUUGGCCACAACACCCAGCAAUAUGUUUGGAGGAGAAAAGGUGAGGCCUUUAGUCCCAGUAACACCAUGCCUACCGUCAAGCAUGGUUGUGGUAGUAUUAUGCUAUGCUAUGAAUGAAUGAUAGGUGGUGGUCGGAGGGGCCGUAGGCGCAAAUUGGCAGCCACGCUUCCGUCAGUCUACCCCAGGGCAGCUGUGGCUACGAAAGUAGCUUACCACCACCAGGUGUGAAUGAAUGAUGGGUUUUUAACAUGUAAAGCGACUUUGGGUACUUAGAAAAGCGCUAUAUAAAUCCCAGUUGUUAUUAUUAUUAUUAUGCUCUGGGCCUGUUUUGCUGCCAAUGGAACUGGUGCUUUACAGAGAGUAAAUGGGACAAUGAAAAAUGUCUUCAGGACAAGCUAAAAUCUUCAGCCCGGAGAAAUGGGUCUUGGGCACAGUCGGGUGUUUCCAACAGGACAAUGACCCCCAAACACACGUCAAAAGUGGUAAAGGAAUGGCUCAAUCAGGCUAGAAUGAAGGUUUUAGAAUGGCCUUCACCAAAGUCCUGACUUAAACGUGUGGACAAUGCUGAAGAAACAAGUCCAUGUCAGGAAAACCAACACAUUCAGGUGAACCGCACCGAUUUUGUCAAGAGUGGUCAAAAAUUCAAGCAGAAGCUGGUGGAUGGCUACCAAAAGCGCCUUAUUGCAGUGCAACUUGAAGAGUUGUAGAAAUGAUCGGAAACUCCAGCCCGCCAUGACAUGAUGUUCUUUACAAGUGUAUGUACACUUCUGACCACAUCCCAAAAAAAAUCCCCGGCCCCCACUUUCCCUGAUCCGAGGCUCUAUCGGGACUCGGAAGUCAUUUGGCCAACUUACCAGGAGGCGCCGGCAGAAAACGAGCAGGACUCGCAUCAUUAAAGACAGCGGUGGACUGGAGGAGAGUGGGAGUCACAAAUAGACACUGGACUAUCUAGAUCCUCUUUUAUAGCAUGCUCGGUAGACAACGGACCCUGUAGGUUACUCAACUACCUUAGUGGCAAUUAGGCUACGCACAAUCUAGCAAAAGACCCUUUAUUUGACACCAUGACCCCCUCCGUGUGUUUCUAGUCCUCUUGUCUGUGGACAUCUCGGACAUGACCGUCCAAGCCAUAUGCUCGCUGAUUGCCGGAUAGGCAAUCAGCGACGAGAACCCUUUACGGCAGGAAGUGGAGAGUAACAAAGAGUGUGGGACGCGUUACGGAACUGUUGAACCGACGUGGCAAAGGAGAACAGACCCACACUACCUGUGGAUGUUUGACGUUUCCGUGUUUCCCUUUCCACUUACGUUGCGGGGAAUGGGUUCUGUUACGGGUGAUCCCGACCAGAACCUUCUUGGUACGAUAUCCCAAGCGCACGCCCACUUGUUUUGUCGCAGUCUACGAAGCACCCACGCAUCUUUCCACCGUGAAUAAAGUUUCCUUUGACAUCCCAA